AGCUCUUCCAAGUGACUGAAUCCAUUCCACAUCUCAUCUCGCCCAUCGCUUCACAGUUCGCACAGACGCGCGAACUCUCAUUGAUCAUAUCGCAUUUGCCUCGCGCCGAUGGUCUCGUCGAUGAAGCACUGCAGAGAUCAGGCCGAGGUGCCACUGUCCCUCUCGCUCUCCCUCGGUGUCGUGGCUGACCGGAACAAGAAGAUGCGCCGCAGUGCGGACGGCGAGUUCGUGUGCAAGACGUGCGGCCGCUCGUUCCCGUCGUUCCAGGCGCUGGGCGGGCACCGGACAAGCCACCUCCGUGGCCGUCAUGGGCUUGCCCUCAGCCUCGCCCAGGGUUCCGAGCCGGCGACCAAGAAGGCCACGAAGCAGAACCUGGCGCACCAGUGCCACAUCUGCGGGCUUGAGUUCGAGCUGGGGCAGGCCCUAGGCGGCCACAUGCGCCGGCACCGCGAACAGGAAGCCACCACCAUGGCGCAGGCGCCGCCCGUUCUGCUACAGCUCUUCGUCUAGCUCUAGCUGGUUCGAUAAGGAUAGACAUCUAGUGCCGGUUUGCUGGUUCAUCUAUGUGCGCGAUUGGAUUUGUAGAUUUGUUGCACACUAGUAGGCGUUGGUCUCGGUUCAUUAUCCCAUGUUUGUACGCUUAUGUAAAUAUUUAGGACUCGUUCAUUCAUUUAUUACAGAGACUAUAUAUGUGUUAUUGUGCUUUUACGGA